GCGCCGCGCCGCUCGCAGCCGCAGCCCCCGGACCCGGAGGAUUAUGAGCGAACCAUGAGGCGGCUGCGGCGCUGGGCGUUCGCGGCGCUCCUGCUGCAGCUGCUCCCCCAGCCCGGUCUUGGGACCCGGGGUCCUGCCGAAGCUCUGCACUGGCGAGUUUCACCCCAGUUUGGGGGCCCGCGAGCCCCUGAAGUCACAGAGCCCAGCCGUCUGGUGGUGGAGAGCUCCGGGGGAGAGGUCCGAAAGCAGCAGUUGGACACCAGGGUCCGCCAGGAGCCCCCUGGGGGUCCGCCUGUCCACCUGGCCCAGGUGAGUUUCAUCAUCCCAGCCUUCAACUCAAACUUCAUUCUGGACCUGGAGCUGAACCAUCACCUGCUCUCCUCACAAUAUGUGGAGCGCCAUUUCAGUCGGGAGGGGACGACCCAGCUCAGCACGGGGGCUGGAGACCACUGCUACUACCAGGGGAGGCUCCGGGGGAGCCCUCACUCCUUCGCCGCCAUCUCCACCUGCCAGGGGCUGCAUGGGGUCUUCUCUGACGGGAACUUCACCUACAUCAUGGAACCCCGAGAGAUGGCCAGGCCUCGGGAAGCCCCCCAGGGACCCCUUCCCCACCUCAUUUAUCGGACCCCUCUCCUCCCAGUCCCCUUCGAAUGCAGGGAACCAGGCUGCCUGUUUGCUACCGCUGCCCGUUCUGCUCCUCUGAGCCGCCUGAGGCUGAGAAGGAAAAGGCAGGUCCGCCGGGGCCACCCUACAGUGCACAGUGAGACGAAGUACGUGGAGCUGAUCGUGAUCAAUGACCACCAGCUGUUUGAGCAGAUGCGACAGUCGGUAGUCCUCACCAGCAACUUUGCCAAAUCUGUGGUGAACUUGGCAGAUGUGAUGUACAAGGAGCAGCUCAAUACUCGUAUAGUGCUGGUUGCCAUGGAAACGUGGGCAGAUGGGGAUAAGAUCCAGGUGCAGGAUGACCUCCUGGAGACCCUGGCCCGGCUCAUGGUCUACCGGCGAGAGGGUCUUCCUGAACCCAGUGAUGCCACCCACCUCUUCUCGGGCAGGACUUUCCAGAGCACCAGUAGCGGGGCUGCCUACGUGGGGGGCAUCUGCUCCCUGUCCAGGGGUGGGGGUGUGAAUGAGUAUGACAACAUGGGGGCCAUGGCGGUGACCCUGGCCCAGACACUGGGACAGAACCUGGGCAUGAUGUGGAAUAAACACCGGAGCUCGGCAGGGGACUGCAAGUGUCCGGACAACUGGCUGGGCUGUAUCAUGGAGGACACUGGGUUCUACCUGCCCCGCAAGUUCUCACGCUGCAGCAUCGACGAGUACAACCAUUUUCUGCAGGAGGGUGGCGGGAGCUGCCUCUUCAACAAGCCCCUCAAGCUCCUGGACCCGCCCGAGUGCGGGAACGGCUUCGUGGAGGCAGGGGAGGAGUGCGACUGCGGCUCGGCGCAGGAGUGCGGUCGCGCGGGCGGAAACUGUUGCAAGAAAUGCACCCUGACUCACGACGCCAUGUGCAGCGACGGGCUCUGCUGUCGCCGCUGCAAGUACGAGCCGCGCGGCGUGUCCUGCAGAGAGGCCGUGAACGAGUGCGACAUCGCGGAGACCUGCACCGGAGACUCGAGCCAGUGUCCCCCUAACCUGCACAAGCUGGAUGGUUACUACUGUGAUCAUGAACAGGGCCGGUGCUAUGGGGGUCGCUGCAAAACCCGGGACCGCCAGUGCCAAGCCCUUUGGGGCCAUGUGGCUGCUGAUCGAUUCUGCUAUGAGAAGCUGAAUGUGGAAGGAACAGAGCGUGGGAACUGUGGGCGCAAGGGGUCAGGCUGGGUCCAGUGCAAUAAACAGGAUGUGCUCUGUGGCUUCCUCCUCUGUGUCAACAUCUCUGGAGCUCCUCAGCUGGGGGACCUAGGGGGAGACAUCAGCAGUGUCACCUUCUACCACCAGGGCAAGGAGCUGGACUGCAGGGGUGGCCAUGUGCAGCUGGCUGAUGGCUCAGACCUGAGCUAUGUGGAGGAUGGGACAGCCUGUGGGCCCAACAUGCUGUGCCUGGAUCACCGCUGCCUGCCAGCCUCUGCCUUCAACUUCAGCACCUGCCCUGGCAGUGGGGAGCGUCGGAUCUGCUCCCACCACGGGGUCUGCAGCAACGAAGGGAAGUGCAUCUGUCAGCCGGACUGGACAGGCAAAGACUGCAGUAUCCACAACCCCCUGCCCACGUCUCCACCCACGGGGGAGACGGAGAGAUAUAAGGGUCCCAGUGGCACCAACAUCAUCAUCGGCUCCAUCGCAGGGGCUGUCCUGGUUGCAGCCAUCGUCCUGGGUGGCACAGGCUGGGGAUUUAAGGGUCUAGACCAUGGGAGCUGGAAGGCCCCUCCCAGAGAGAAGUGGAAGGUCACAGAUGGCUCCUUUUCCUCUCUCUCUCUGCCUGUCCUCUCCUUGGCUCCUGAAGAAACAUCCGCCGGGGAAGGUCCGGAGGGGCCUAGGUGCCACUCCCCUCCCUCCAGCCUGGCGCCCGUCUCCGCCCUGAACCUCAAGGCUGCCACAGAGGGAGGCACCAUGCACAUGUCUUCCGGGCCCAAGCCCUUCAACUCCUGGCCUCACGGGCACGGGUGGGGGGCUGUGGCCCUGACCUUCACACCACCAUGGUGGACCAGGCCUGGGGCGCUUCCCUCAUGGUCCCUCGCCCCACCUCAUGCGGCUUUGGCCUCACACACCAACCCUCCCCGUGUGAAUGUAGCUUCCAUUAUCACAGACUGCCACAGCUCAAGGGUCCGGGGAGGGCUAGAGGGAGGCCCCAGUGGGCACGGCCUGGGGUGGCCCUUCCGCAAAACCAGGCAGCUGGGACCAGGGCUUUAGCUCUCUGGGACUUAGGCAGAGGGGGCUGACAUCUACACUUUUUAAAUGAAUCUUAACUGAUGAAUGUAACUUUGGGGGUGUUGGGGUUAGGGUAGUUGUGGGGAUGUUUUGACAUUUGUGGGAGGGGCCGGAGGAACCGAGGCAUGGCCAUCCUCAAGGCCUUCUCCUGGGAUUAUUGCACCUGGAAUUCUCACUAAACCCAAACGUUCCCCAAGCCAGGUGGGGGUGGGCAUCCUUGCUUGCCCCUCCAUCCAGCCCUGCCGAGCUUGGAGAGAAGUACCAGUGCUGAUACAAACCAAAGCUGCCUGUCCCGUGCCCAAGGCCUAGGUCAUAGGUACGGUGACCCCAUGUCCCAGAAUGUUUUCAAUUCCAAAAUGACCAUCCUGCUGUCUUUGUCAGGACGCAUAUAUCUGGGGGUCUAGAUACAGUUCCUGAAAUAGAACGGCACCUUCCCCCUUUCAAGAAGGGUAAUUCUGGAGCUGACUCAGGGUUUAGGUGCCUCCUGGCAUGGCCUAGAGGUCCCAGGCUGGGCCGUUUUCCCAGGGAGGACUCUCCCAAGUAGGGAAGGCCCAGUGCCUGGAGGAUUUGCCUGUGAUGUGAAGAGAGGUGGGAAAAGGCAGGUCUCAUGUAUGAUCCUCAGCUUCUAGAAAAGUCCUCAAGGCCCUGUUAACUCCAUUCUACUCCUUGCCUUCAUUCCAGGGCCGAGUAGUAAGUUUACAGUUGUUUUCCCCAUUAUGCCCUCUGAUCCCCACUGCAGCCCAGCCUGAGAGACAGGCUGAGGUCUGGCAGAACGCCUCAGCCUUCCCACCAAUACAGUCCUGCCCGUGGCCUUCCCUCAGGACUCUUGCUUGGGACAGAGGAGCUCUGGUUCCUGACUGCUGCAUGCAGCCAGCAGGGGCAAGAUGGGGAUCAAGUUACCUUAUGGAUGAAAGCCACAAACAAAUGGAGCCCCUCUCCCCAGGGAUGCCCCACCUAGACUCAGCAGGGGCUUCUGAAGGCCCCAGGGCCUUUGAGCUGCCUAUUUCAGUCCCUGUGUUUUUGGGGCAUCUUUGAGGAGUCACGAGAUGGCUCCUGUUGAUCUGCACCACCCCUCAGGGCAAACUGGGGCUGAGACCCAUUGACACAAUUUUGGUUACAGUGGUCACACUGGGGUUCUUAAUACUGAGUUCCAGCUGGCACUGCCCAAGCAAAGGGGGUGGAUGGGGUACCCCUCUGGCCAAUCCUGCUCCACCAGCCCCACAAGCUGGGCCAGGGCAGGAGGGUAAGGGCUGGGUUUUGCACUAUUGCUGUGGUACUUUAAGGCAUCCUUGGGUGGUACACACAUACACAGGUGGUGCAUCUGGUACAAGCAUUUGAAUCUACAUCUGCACAAGUGUGAACAUCUCUGCAUACACAGGCAGGUCUGUGUGUGUGUGUGUGUGCACAUGGGGGGUGGGGGUGGGGAUGUGAGGACCGAGACACUUCCUGUGACCAGUCCGCUCGGCUCCCAGCUGUCUGCAUCCUCGAGCCCCACCCUGGCAGCGCUCAGGGAGGAGCGGGGGCUGUGCUGGCCUGGGCCUGGAACUGGCUCCAUACAACAUCCUGUAAAUAUGUCAUAUGGGCUCAGAGUGGGGAGGCAGGGAUAGGAACAUCAAUUAAAGAUCAAGUCCUGGGGCCUCCAUGGAGCUCAUA